AUGAGCUGUGUGGCCCGCUCUGGAGGAGCUGGCGCAGGGGUCUGUGGGUCCCGGGGCAGAGCAGGUGGCUUUGGCAGUCGCAGCCUCUACAACCUGGGUGACAAUAAGAGCAUCUCCAUCAGCGUGGCUGGCUCCCGGGCUGGUGGCUUUGGGGGAGGGCGCAGCAGCUGCAUCAGUGGCUGUGGAGGUGGUUAUGGAGGUGGUUAUGGAGGUGGCAUUUGUGGAGUCAGAGGAAUGGGCAGUGGUUAUGGGGGGGUUGGUGGCUUUGGAGGGACUAGUAGCUUUGGUGGGCCUGUUAGCUAUGGCUCUAGUGUCUGCCCUGGGGGAAUCCAGGAAGUGACCAUCAACCAGAGCCUCCUGCAGCCCCUCAAUGUGGAGAUCAACCCCCAGAUUGGGCAAGUAAAGGCCCAGGAGAGGGAGCAGAUCAAGACCCUCAACAACAAGUUCGCCUCCUUCAUUGACAAGGUGCGGUUCCUGGAACAGCAGAGCAAGGUCCUGGAAACCAAGUGGGACCUGCUCCAGCAGCGGACUGCGGGCUUGGGCUCCAGCUUGGGCUCCAGAGGACUGGAGCCUUUAUUUGAAAGCUACAUCAACUGCCUGCGCAGGCAGCUGGAUUCGGCUCUGGCAGAAAAGGGGAAUCUGGAAGGAGAGCUAAGGAACAUGCAGGACCUGGUGGAAGACUUCAGAAAGAAGUAUGAAGAUGAGAUCAACAAGCGUACUGUUGCAGAGAAUGAGUUUAUAGGGCUCAAGAAGGAUGUGGAUGCAGCGUUCAUGAACAAGGUGGAGCUUCAGGCCAAGGUGGAUGGUCUGACAGAUGAAAUCAACUUCCUGAGGACCCUCUGUGAGACGGAACUGACCCAGAUGCAGAAUCACCUUCAUGACAUGUCCGUGGUCCUGUCCAUGGACAACAAUCACUGCCUGGACCUGGACUGCAUCAUCAAUGAGGUCAAGGCCCAGUACGAGGACAUCGCGCAGAAGAGCAAGGCCGAGGCUGAGGCCCUGUACAAGACCAAGCUUGGAGAGCUGGAGAACAAGUCCAGCAGGCAUGGGGAAGACCUGAAGAGCACCAAGAAUGAGAUCAUGGAGCUCAACUGGAUGAUCCCGAGGCUGCAGGCUGAGAUUGAGAAUGUCAAGAAGCAGAAUGCCAACCUGCAGAAUGCUAUUGCUGAUGCUGAGCAGCGUGGGGAGCUGGCCCUCAAGGAUGCCAAUGCCAAGCUCCAAGAACUGCAGGCUGCCCUUCAGCAGGCCAAGGAUGACCUGGCCCGGCUGGUGUGUGACUACCAGGAGUUGAUGAAUGUCAGACUGGCUCUGGAUGUGGAGAUUGCCACCUACCGCAAGCUGCUGGAGAGUGAGGAGUGCAGGUGA